AUGGAUAUUGACACCAUUUGCCCGCUGUGUUUUAGAUACGAUGAAGAUGCUGGUCAUUUGUUUUUAAAAUGUAAAACGGUAAAAGGCAUAUGGAGAUAUCCUCUGUUAGAACACAUUAGGCUUCGGGUACUUGAAUGCCUAGAUUCCUUUAAAUUCAUGGAAGAAAUUCUUGAGCUUAAUGAAGAAGGAAGAUUAAAAACUUGCAUUCUCCUUUGGAUGUGCUGUUACCAGAGAAACAGAGCUAAUGUGGGAGAUAGAGUCACGUCGAAUGAUGAAUUAUGUUUCUCAAUUAACCACUAUCUUGUUAAUGCUCUAGACAAUGUGCAGCCAAGCAAACACACAAGACAGAACACUAUCCAAAGACGGAUUUCUCCUCCACUGGGAAUUAUGAAGCUUAUCACUCAUGGUGCCUUUCAAGAGGAAACUUUUUCUAGAGAUUGGUGCUUCACUCUAAGAAAUGAUACGGGUGCAUUAAUAGCGGCUGGAGCAGGGAACCUGGAAUACUUAGUAGAUGCCCUUCACUCUGAAGCACUGGCGAUGCUCCAUGCUGUGGACGCGGCAAUCAGGAUGGGGUUGUGA